AUGAAUAGGAGUAGGCAGGAGCUGAUUACUUGGAUGAGGUCGCUUGGGAUAGAUAUUUGUGGGAUUGAGGAUCUUGGAAAGGGUGCAGCAAUAUGCCAGGUACUAUCGAUAUUGUAUGAGGACUUUCCUCAUGGGUUUAUUACGAAGCCGAGAGAGGAGCAUGAGUAUUUGAGGAAUAUGAAGAUAUGUCAAGAGUUUUUUGGAAUGAAGAGCAUCAAGCUGUAUUUUCCAGUGGAUAAGCUUGUGAAGUGCAAGAUGCAGGAUAAUCUUGAGGUUGCGCAGUGGCUAUGCAAGCAUUAUAUAAAAGUGAUGGGACAUGAUGUAAAUAGAAAGGUUAUUGGUGAUGCAGUACCAAUGAUUACAAAAGAGAUUGAAAGUAUGAAUCGUUUGUGCUCUAGCGUUACUGUUAAAAAAAGUAAAGAAAAAACUAUUGAUCAUAAAGAAAAGAGCAUAAACAGUAUCAAAGAAAAGAUUAUUGAUGGUAAAGAAAAGAGCAUAAAUAACAAUAAAGAAGAUAUAAGAGAAAUAUACAAGAAUACAGAUAUGGAGAAUGGAUAUAAGUAUACUCUGGAAAAUGAUGAUAUUUCUACAAACACGAGUCUGUUAGAUAAACAUGAGGAUAUGAGAAUAGAUCUGAAUACAUGUAAUGAUCGAAUCAAGGAUGAGAGGAUAGGAAAUCUAGAGGAAGAGGUAUUUAGAUUGAAGAUGGAAUUAGAAGAUUCAAAACGCGAUGUAUAUAAAAGAGAUAUAUGUGAUUGUACACAUGGAAAGUCUGGAGGAUUUGAUGAAGAAGAGAUAAAAGAGUUGCUUAUAACAUUUGAGAAAGAAAGAGACUUCUACUUCAAGAAGCUAUUUACAAUAGAGAAAUACUUUCUUGAAAGAAAUGGUAUUGAUGAAGGACUCAAGAAUGAUGUUUUUGAGAUUCUUUAUGAGGAAUGA